GCUAUAUGGUUAAAAGUUCUAUACGGUUCUGUAUAAAACUGUGGCGCUACUAACACGACGGUCAAGAUAGUCGAACUACAGGUUAUUUGUUACGGUUAUCUUUAUUAAAUUAAUUGCAAUCAUACGAUACGAUUUAAUUUUCGGAUUGCAAAAAGUGGAAAGCCUGUUUAAAUGUUAAAAAGGUGUAUACAAUCGGUAAUACGAAAAUGUUGAUGAAAGUGUUACAAGGUUCUUCCAUAGUUUCCGUUUCGAACAGUGCAAUACAAAAGAAUACCUUUCCUUUAUUUAAAAAAUGUAAUUUUUCUUCUUAUAAGAUUCCCAAUAAAAUAACACGAGAAACGGUGGUUACACCAUUUCCUCCAUUAACUAAACCUAUUCCUAAUUUACCCAAAGCAAUUUAUGCUACGGUAAAGGAGGAGCAUCAUACUACUAAAGUAACGGUUUUAUCGAAUGGGCUGAAAGUUGCUUCAGAAAAUCGGUUUGGCCAGUUUUGUACAGUAGGCGUAUUAAUUGAUUCUGGCCCUCGUUACGAAAUUGCAUAUCCUAGCGGUAUUUCUCAUUUCCUAGAAAAAUUGGCAUUUGGAUCUUCAAAAACAUAUAAGAAUAAAGAUCAGAUAAUGCUCACCCUAGAAAAACAUGGAGGCAUAUGUGAUUGUCAAGCAUCAAGGGAUACAUUUGUUUAUGCCGCGUCUGCAGAACGUCAUGGACUGGAUACAGUGGUACAGAUUUUAGGUGACAUCGUGUUAAGGCCUCAAAUUGCGCAAGAGGAGGUAAAUGCGGCUAGACAAAUGAUUCAGUUUGAAUUGGAGUCUUUACUUACAAGGCCAGAGCAAGAACCGAUUCUCAUGGAUAUGAUUCAUGCUGCUGCUUAUAGAAACAAUACUCUUGGUCUUCCAAAGAUUUGUCCAAAAGAAAAUAUUAAUUUAAUAGAUAGAAAAAUAUUACUUGAAUAUUUAAGACAUCAUUAUACACCGAACAGAAUGGUAGUGGCUGGUGUUGGUGUAGAGCAUGAAGAUCUUGUUUUAGCAGUUCAAAAAUAUUUUGUUGACGAAAAAUCUAUUUGGGAAGAAGAACAACAGUGGACGAAAGAAAAUUUUGCAGGGAAACCUAAAAAUACAGUUGAUGCGUCAAUUGCUCAGUAUACAGGAGGUUACAUAUUAGAAGAAUGUAAUGUACCUGUCUAUGCAGGACCAAGUGGUUUACCAGAAUUAUCGCAUGUAGUGAUAGGUUUGGAGGGCUGUUCUCAUCAGGACUCAGAUUUUGUAGCUAUGUGUGUUUUAAAUAUGAUGAUGGGUGGUGGAAAUAGCUUCAGUGCUGGAGGUCCAGGGAAGGGCAUGUAUACCCGAUUAUACACAAACGUACUUAACAGAUACCAUUGGUUAUAUAGCGCAACUGCAUAUAACCACGCGUAUGCCGACACCGGUCUGUUCUACAUUCAUGCAUCCUGUACGCCGUCUCAUGUUAAAGAUAUGGUAGAAGUAGUUGUACACGAAAUGGUUACUAUGGCAAGCAGCAUUAUGGACAGUGAACUAGCAAGGGCCAAGAAGCAACUACAGUCUAUGUUACUUAUGAAUUUGGAACAAAGGCCAGUUGUGUUUGAAGAUAUUGGAAGACAAGUUUUAGCCACUGGUUCCAGAAAACUACCAGAAUAUUUCAUACAAGCAAUUGAUAGGAUAUCGAAAGACGAUAUAAAAAGUGUAGCGCGUCGAUUACUUAAAUCGCCACCUAGUGUAGCAGCUCGAGGAGAAGUAAGAACCGUUCCUUCCAUUGGGGAUAUUCAAGCUGGAUUGGUUGACGAACAAGGCCGAUUACCUGGCUCUCGUAGUAAAUUAUCGCUUUUUCGUUGAUGUUCGCGAAAACUUUUUAUUUAAUUUAAUUUAUUUGUAUUAAUGGAAAUGAACCCACUGUACGUAUAUAUAAAAAGUAAAGAUAAACAGACAAAAUUAAUAACAUGUAUAAAAACAAAAAUUAAUCGAUCGACAAAUUGAAGAAAGUGAGGUAGUUAUAAUGUCUAGGUAUCAUCAUGUAAAAAGCUGUCCUGGAAUUUGCAAAUAAAAUAAGAAAAAAGCUUU